AUGGACCUGGUGGAGGUGGAGGAGGAGGGCCUGGUGGAGGCGGUGGAGGGCCUGGUGGUGGCCAAGGAGGAGGUGGCCAAGGCGGUGGAGGGCCUGGUGGUGGCCAAGGAGGAGGAGGCCAAGGAGGAGGUGGCCAAGGCGGUGGAGGGCCUGGUGGUGGCCAAGGAGGAGGAGGCCAAGGAGGUGGUGGGCAAGGAGGAGGUGGGCAAGGAGGAGGCCAAGGAGGAGGUGGCCAAGGAGGUGGCCGAGGAGGAGGUGGUCAAGGAGGAGGAGGAGGUGGUGGUCCUGGAGGACGUUGAAAAUUUCAAGAGGAUGGCAAUUUAG